GUCACUGCCUGAUAGGAAUAAUGGCCGCCUUCCUAGCAAUGGCUGGAACAGGGAACAACACAAGAAGCAUAUUAGAGCGUUAUAGCUGACCAGGAAUAGCACAAAUCACCGGCCCCCCCUCUAAUCCGAUUUUCAGAACGGAUGGGUAGAGGGGGUACAGCCAAAGGACACGAGAAACGAAAGAGACUCGGAGGGAGAGGGAGGAAAGCUAACAGAGCUAGCGCUAGCUGGCUAUCAACACGGUUGUCACUGCCGGGGGAACAAACCCCGAGUAGCCCUGACAACUGUGUGUCGGGACGGCUGAAGGAAACGGUGACCAAAAAAAACCCGGUCCUGUAGCUAAUAUGAGCGGACCAGGGCAGGACAGCGAGCCAGAGGCGAAAGUCCUGCUCAUAAAGAGGCUUUACAGGGCUGUCGUGGAGUCUGUGCACAAGCUGGAUGUCAUCAUCGGCACCAAAUCAUCCUACAGAGAGGUCUUCAAGCCAGAGAAUAUCAGCCUUCGCAACAAGCUGAGGGAGCUCUGUGUGAAACUGAUGUUUCUCCACCCUGUUGACUACGGCCGUAAGGCUGAGGAGCUGCUCUGGAGGAAGGUUUACUAUGAGGUCAUCCAGGUUAUCAAGACCAACAAGAAGCACAUCCACAGUCGCAGCGCUCUGGAGUGUGCCUACCGCACGCACCUGAUUGCCGGAGUUGGUUUCUACCAGCACCUGCUGCUCUACAUCCAGUCACACUACCAGCUGGAGCUGCAGGACUGCAUCGACUGGACCCACGUCACAGACCCACUGAUUGGCCGGAAGAAACCAGUGUCAGCCACCCCCAAGGAGAUGGAGUGGGCACAGAUGGCCUGUCAUCGCUGUCUGGUCUACCUCGGAGAUCUAGCCCGUUAUCAGAAUGAACUUGCUGGCGUGGAGGCUGAGCAGCUGGCAGAAAGGUUUUACCACCAGGCCCUGUCCGUCAUGCCACAUGUCGGAAUGCCUUUUAACCAACUGGGCACACUGGCAGGGAGCAAGUUCUACAACGUUGAAGCAACCUACUACUACCUACGCUGCAUUCAAUCAGAAGCCCCCUUUGAAGGGGCCUACGGCAACCUGAAGCGCCUGUUUGACAAAGCUGCUAAGAUGUACCAUCAAGUGAAGAAGCAGGAAAUGAAGAAGUUGUCUCCAUCGCGACAAAGAUCAAAAGACAUUAAGCGUCUCCUGGUGAGCUUCAUGUACCUUCAGAGCCUGCUGCAACCCAAGAACAGUUUAAUGGAGACGGAGCUGACGUCACUCUGCCAGUCGGUGCUGGAGGAUUUCAACCUGGUGCUGUUCUACCUGCCGCCGCCCACGCACGGUGCUGCUCACCACCCUCCCAGCGAGGAGGAGGAGGAGCCGCAGCACACCGACAGCGCCUGUCCGGUGUUGCCCGACACACUCGUCUUCAAAAUGGUGGUGACAUGUCUGAUGGUGGUGCACAGCCUGAAGAGGGGAGGAUCAAAGCAGUACAGUGCAUCCAUCGCUUUCACUCUGGCGUUGUUCUCCCAUCUGGUGAACCAUGUCAACAUCCGGCUGCAGGCUGAACUGGAGGAAGCGGAGAGCCAGGUGCCGCCACUUCACACAGACGCUGCAGAUGACUUGGAGACGAUGGAUUCGGCGGCUCCAUCAGCAGAUCGAUCUGAAGAGAAGCCUCUGCAGAACGGCUCCCUGGAGCAAGAAGAUGAGGAUGAGAAGGACGAAGAUGGCUGUGAAAGAGUCGGUGCCAAAAAGCAAAGCAGUGUGGAAGAACAGCGAAAGACUGAAGAGGACAAGCAGAGACAGAAGAAGAAGUACACCCGCCUCUCUAGACUCCGCCGGCGCCGCUGUGCCCGCAAGGACACCCGAGGAGAUGACGAAAGCGACCUGAGCGAAGGCUUUGAGAGCGAAGAAGAUGAAGACGAGGAUGAAGAGAGGAGGGGCCACACUGAUUCAACAGGUGGCAACAUGGCUGGAACACCCCCCAAUCCUCCAACCAUCAGGAAGGGGACUAAAAGAGACCCCCUGGCUGAGGAGGGCAGCUGGGGGAGUGGAUCAGAGGAAGAGGAGGAAGGAGGCACGGCGUUUGAUGUAGAGACCGACUCAGACAUGAACAGCCAGGAGUCUCGAUCCGAUCUGGAAGACAUGGAGGACGCCGAAAACUCAGACAACACAGAGAAUCAGACAAAGGAGCACCAGGAGGAAGAGGAAGACGAAGAGCAACCCAAGGAAGAAGGAGGGGACAGAGACGGCGAUACGCCUCCGACCACUAACGGGCCCCUCCUGCCUGGAGACUCUAGCAUCAGCAGCAACCUGCAGGCCAUGUCCUCCCAGCUCUUCCAGGCCAAGCGUUGUUUCAGACUGGCGCCGACCUUCAGCAACAUGCUCCUGAAGCCUCAAGCUACGUCUCCCUCUGGCGUUCCCACCCCUAUUGACUCGUCUGCUCCCCCCUCCCAAGAGACACCUCCUCCACCUGAGGAUCCAUCCUGCGAUAAGAACCCUGGAACCGCCAAUGGAACAAAUGAAAACGACCUGGACUCUGAUUCUGAAGGCAGCCAACACAGUACUCCGUCAGUCCACAGUGAGAAAACCCUCUUAGAGAAGCUGGAGAUCCUGACCAAUCAGGGCUUGAUCCAGGUGGUGAAGGUCUUUAUUGAUUGGCUUAGGACAAACACCGACAUUAUCCUCAUGUGUGCACAGAGCUCUCAAAGCUUGUGGAACCGACUGUCCGUGCUGCUCAACCUGCUUCCAGAUGGCAGCAAGAUGCUCGAGGCUGAGCUCGGUCUAAACACAGAAGUGACAGAGCUCAUUAAUGAAUGUGAGCAUCCCGGUUUGGUCCAAAGUCUUCUGCUGCCCGAGGAUUUGGCUCUGCGACACCUGCCUGCUCUCAGCGUAGCUCAUCGCCGCCUCGAUUUCAGCCGACGCAACCCCUCGCUCAGCCCCUUACAGGAGUGUGUGGUGCGAGUGUGUUGCAUCCGCAGCUUUGGCCAUUUCCUUACAAAUCUCCAGGGCAACGUGCUGCACUUCAACCCGGAGGCGGGCAUCUUCACCAGCAUCAGCCAGUCUGAACAGGACAAUCUGGUGCAGCAGGCCAAGGCCCAGUUCCGAAUGGCCGAAGAAGAGGCUCGACGAAAUCGCUUAAUGAGGGAUAUGGCCCAGCUCCGACUACAGUUGGAGGUGUCGCAGCUAGAGGGCAGCCUUCAGCAGCCCAAGGCCCAGUCGUCCAUGUCUCCCUACCUGGUGCCAGACACAGCUGCUCUCUGUCAGCAUCUGAACCUCAUCAGACAACUGGCGGGCAGCGGCUGCUUCAUCAUCAUCAUCCCACGGACGGUGAUCGAUGGACUUGACCGGUUGAAAAAGGAAAACGCUGGUGCGAGGGACGGCAUUCGCUUCCUGGAGUCUGAAUUCCGUAAAGGCAACAGGUACAUACGCUGCCAGAAGGAAUCAGGUCGAAGUUUUGAACGAGAUAAACUGAAGCGUCAAGACAUCGAAGCCUGGCAUUUAUACAAGAUGGUGGACAGUUGCCGUCAGCUGACCGUCUCCCAAAGCAACGGAGAUGAAGACACAGCCGGCAUGGUGACCAUUCUCACCGGCCAUCAAGUGGAAGAGCUUUGCACUCAGUCUGCAGCCAUGAAGACGACGAUCCAGGCGGUGGGCUCGGCAGGCAUGGAGCUGAAGAACAUCGUGGCGUUCUACCGGCAGUGGAAGGAGAUCGGCUGAAGGGUCAAAGAGGGGGCAGCAGUCGGCGCUGCAAACAGCUGAUCGAUCACAACACUCGCUCCCUCUUUCUCUCUCCCACUCUUUUGCUCUGUGUGUAUCUACAUCUCCAAAGGCAUAAAAAAAACAACUCAAAAGAAAGCUGAAUCGGAGGAAGGAGUUAAAAGCUUAGAGGGGUGGAAAAAGAUAUAACAGUGGAGUGAAAAAAAAAAAGGAAAAGAGAAACACGGGCGGGAAACGGCGCUAUAAGAAACAGCAGAUGUCCCCACCUCCCACUCCCAAUUCUAAACAUAUAGAGUGACCUCUAGUGGUCGGAGUGAGGAAAACGGUGGGGGAAGGCUCCACACAAGUUUUAAGUGCCCCUGGUUCACUACCUAACCAGGAAUACACUGUAUAUGUUAGCAAACGAGUACCUAUGUGUCGAGAGAGAAACAGCACACCGACAUAAACACAUUCAUGCUCAGAAGAAUCCAUAUAGAUAUUUAGAGCUGUGGUUUCUGUUCCCUCCUCCCCUCUCCCUUCAGUCUGUAUUUGAGAAACAGAGUUAAGAAUGUCGGGUCACAUAGGGCUGCGUGUCAAAAGGUCGAGGGUGUAUGACGACAACUUAGAGACAGAGAAAACAGUCUCUGUUCACCUGACACCCGAGACUUCCCGCCUUACAAAUCACAGCAGGCGUCUCACAGCAGCUCGUAAACCUCCAGGAAGGUUUGAGGAGGACAAAUGUACUCCUCUCCCGGACCGGUUUCUUUCCUCUGUGGCUUUUUAAAUUUUUUUAUUUCAUUUGGUUUUCUCUAUUUGCGGUGUACUUUUUGUGACCAGUGACUUAAGUAUUGUGCUAUCUCUGUAUGAGAAGAGAAAAAAAGAUAAAACACUCAACAGGUGUUUCCCUGUUAAAGGUUUUAAUUUGAAUUUUAUUUUUGUACCCAAAUGUUUAUUUUGCUUUCUGUAAGCUGAAACUGAAUGAAAUAUGCAGGAAUGUUUAAGGGAAAGGGUUGUUGUUGUGUCUUUAUCCACUAAACAAGUAAACAAGUCUUUCAGUUCUGAAAGUUACAAAACAUGUAAUCCAGAAUUUAUUUAACGUGUCGUGUUAGAUGGAGGAGGAAGUAGCAGCUGAUUAGCCUCAUGUUGUAGCUAGUGAUCGGUGAGGCUCAGAAGAGAGGGGGGAGGGGGGCAGGGGGGCAGGCUGACUCUCCCAGAGGAAUGUGGGUUGUGUUUGGACCCCUGUAAACUCCUAAAAUGUAUCCCAUCUACACUUCAUCUCCAUAGUGACUGUCCCAUCAUGCACAGUGCAAAAGAAAACCAGUAUAUGUGUGUGGCCAUGCAUUGAACAAUAAAAAGAAACUCGUAUAAGAUGAUCACUACUUUC